UAAACCACAUUCCUUCCUUUCAUCGUUGCAUCUUCCCUCCGAUCCUUCCGGUGGGGGCGGCCAGAUGCGACCAAAUUCCUCCUAUUCCCUCUCCUCUCCGCCCACCCUUCUCUCGCCCGCGUAACUCCUCUCUGUCGCCUACCAAAAGCGGAGCAACCGAGGCAAGAGGAAGGGGGUGGGCGAGGAAAAGCGAUUUGGCUUCUCUUCCAGUUCCGGAUUCAUCGUAAGAAACACAUGACUGCAGUGGAUAUUUGAAGCAUGAAAAGGCAAACCAUCUCACUCUUCAAACAGUUCACUUAGCACACUUAAUGACGGAGGUGUUUGCAUGACAUUCUCUUUGAGCUGAUAUAUAUGGGAGCAGUGGCUGCAUUGGUAAUUUAAGAAAAUCUCAGUCACUUCCAGAUUCUAAGCCGAAACGAUCUUUAAGAAAGAAAUCUCUGGAUUCAUCUACUGGAAACAGAAGACGAUGGCAAUCGAGUCUAGAAGCAAUGGAGAAGAAUGUUAGCAUAUCAGUUUCUCUUGAGGGGAAUAUCUCUUCUAUUCCCAACUCGAUAGUCAACGAUUCUAAAACGUUAAUGGAAAAUGGGGUAGAUACAUCAUUUAUCAACCAUGCUGCUAAAGAAUGGACUGAGAUGAGAAGACAAUGGGUUGGACAUCAGGCAGAAGUUCCGAGAAAGGCCCCUCAAGAGCCAGUGAUAAGUUGGUCCGCAACAUAUGAUGAUCUCUUGUCGACAAGUGAGCGUUUUCCACAGCGAAUCCCACUAUCUGAGAUGGUUGAUUUUUUGGUCGACAUAUGGCACGAAGAAGGGCUCUAUGGUUAGCUGACGUCUGGCUUUCUUUCCGCCUUGCAUUUAGAAUGUGGUCAACUUCCUCCCCACAAAAGAUGUAAUCUUUUGAAGAAAUGAAAAAAAAACUACUUAGUCGCAAAAUUAGUUUUAGCAUUUGAUUUUUUUUUAAAAAAACUGUUAUUUGGAAAGAUACUACAGUGGUUUGGUAUAUUUGGUGAUGAGCUGUCAGAGGUUUGUUUAUGUUAAAUGACUCGAUGACCUGUCAUUCCUGAA